AUGGCAUUCGGCCCUCCACCACUUUCAUCGUCUAAUGUCUCGUAUUCUACACAUGAUGCGGUACCUCACACUCCACUUGUCUCCGUAUUCUUUCCUCUGUUCAAGUCGAACCAUACCACACUAAGACCUUGGAAUACGCAGAAAUAUACAGGCGUCGUUAUUCGCUCUAGGAACAUAAUGCUUCUGCAAGGCUGCAAGGAGAUUUACGAGAAGAUACAUUCUUGGGGUCGCAACGACCGCCAUCACGGCCCACAACUACACACUGUAUGGGCUGCAAAGCUGAUCUCACUUGUCUCGGCUCUGUACAGUCUCGUUGCGAGAAAGGGACACAUGUCGCUCGGGAGGGCGAGUGCAGAUGAUAUCCAAAAAGGUCAAACGCUCAUCAACGAGCUCUUCCUCCUACAACCUUCAUGCUUCAUUUCUGUAUGGCAUUGCAAUUCUAAUGCUUCUGCUGCCCCACUACAUUCUGUUCCUCGGCACCGGAGGUUCGACCCGGAUGACCGCGACAAUCAAUGGUAUUACUUCCAAUCCUUUCCAGCACGGAAUGAAGGGGUAAAAUACGAGAAGUAUGAGACCGAACAUUGUAUUCGGAUUUUUGGAAGAAAGCAUGGUGGACGAGGAGGAGAGAGUCCUGUUGGUUGA